AUGGAGUGUCCACCACUUGUCGAUCUACCCGUAUACGUCGACUUCCUCCUACAGACUGAGGAAUUCUGGGACGUGUCUUGCAACAACGAAGCCUUCGUUCCAUUCGGAUGUUUCCCCAUCAUCACUGGCGCCUCCCAGAACGAGUAUGAUAGCGUCGUCGAGACACAGGCCCAUCUCAGAGACCUCAACAUGCUUGAGAGAAUGGGAGACGCCGAGGUUGAGAGGAUGCUCGAGCAGCUCCGGGCCUUCCGCCUCAGCACCCAGCAUCCGGACGCAGUCGAGGCGUUUAUAGACAGCCUGACCAGCCGCACGGCAGCCAUCUAUGUAGGCUUGUCCACGGGGUUUCGAGUGGUAGACAGCGGCGCUCAGUUCUGGGGCGUGUCCAGCGCUAAUGAGAAUUGCAUCGACAUUUUCAUUUCCAAGCAAGCUCUAAGCGUUGUGGGCAUAGCCCUCCACGUAUGGCUUGCCGCAAACCGGGUGCCGCGCGUUGCGCGUUUCGAGGAAGAGGUCAGGCUAGACAAGCUGAUGAAAGACAGCCCAGCGCACGCCAGCGGCCUGCCCGUUAGCAUUACGGUCGAAAUGGAGCGCGCGACGCCGAGCGAGAUAUUGUUUCUCCUGCAGCGGCUGCGUGUGGUAAUGACGGGACAUCCCCUCAUCGCCGCGAUUCAGGCCUUUGGUGAGCAUGUUCUCCUGAACGUCGCCGAUGACUCGGCCUGGAUCCGCACACACAGCCUGCUGUAUUGGGAGGGUACUAACCUGGUCCGGUUGCACGGUCAGGUGGACAGCCUCGUUAACCAAUUACUUUUCACGGCUGAUCGCGACCGCCUCAAUGCCCUUACCGAUGUGCUGCUCCAUGCCUACGACCCGUGGACCUCGUGGAGCACAUGCGAAUACGUCGAUGUCAACGCCGAUCUCGUUGCACUGUUUUUCUUCACCGCGCUGCGCCGCGCCGCGCUCGACGACGUCUACAUCGAGGCCACCGACCGCUGCCUUUUCUUCCUGUCGUAG